AUCCGUUCUCGUCGAAUCCGCGAAAAAUAAAUGUAAAUAAAAGCACUCCGCAUGUGAUCGCAUGCAAUGGAUCUUCAGUUGUCUUCCUGCAUCACCGACUGACAAUCACGUGAUUGCGUGAAUGAGACACACCUGAUCUAACCUAGCGUUGAUGCUGUUUGCUUCAUGAAACACACCAUACAAAUGGCAAAACUAGUAAUUUUUGCUACAUUAUUCCUACUUUUCACUCCGUUCAUCUCUGCAGCCAAUAUUCUUGCUAUCUUCCCACUCCCAUCACCAAGUCACCAUUUUUGGAACAGUCCUCUAGUUGUUGCUCUCGCAAAGAAAGGUCACAAUGUAACAGUUGUCAGUCAACUUCCUCAGCUACCUCUAGUGCCUAAUGUCACUGAUCUUGUUGUUGAGGGAUUGUUGGCAAAAGAUCACCACUUUGGUUACGAGGAAAUGGUUGAUGCUCAUCCUUUAACGACUGUUGAUGCAUUCCUAGGAUUGCUAGGGCAAUCUUGUUUAAAAAUACAGAAAAGUGAUUCAUGGGCUAAACUGUUGAGGUACCCAACGGACACGAAAUUUGACCUGGUCAUAAUCGAGCCUAUGGGGGCAGAAUGCCUUUUGGGAAUUCUUCCUAGAUUUGGAGAUCCACCAAUAAUUGCAGUAAAUGCUUUCAAUGUUCCUCUUUGGUUAUUUGAAAUGGUUGGUUCUCCUAAUAUGAUUUCAUUCAUGCCUCAUCACCAUUUAGCUGCAACUGACCGUAUGUCCUUUACAGAGAGGUUACGGAACUUCUAUUACACAGCUUACACUUACUAUUAUUAUCAUUACGACUACUUGCCAAGAUUGGACCAGGCAGCAAAAGAGUUCUAUGGCCCUCAUAUUCCAUCAUUUUACAAAAUUCGUGAAAAUGUAAGAUUAGGAAUGGCAAACUUUCAUCCAAUAUUAGACUACCCUUAUGCUAAGACACCUAACUUAAUUUCAGUGGCAGGAAUACAGAUUCAAGAACCAAAACCACUCUCUCAGGAUUUAAAAAAGUUUCUAGAUGAAGCAAAAGAAGGGGCUAUAUUAGUCAGUUUUGGUUCAAAUAUCGCAUUUCAACAUUUUGCACAAGAGAAGAUAAAACUGUUCGCAGAAGUAUUUGCUUCAAUACCUCAACGUGUUCUGUGGAAAUUUGAAGCUGAUAAACUACCAGUACAACCAAAAAAUAUCAGAAUUGGUAAAUGGUUGCCCCAAAAUGAUAUUCUUGCUCAUCGAAACGUUAAAUUAUUCAUUACACAUGCGGGUCUGCUGAGUACACAUGAAGCAAUCUACCAUGGUGUUCCUGUAAUUGGUAUACCCAUUUUUGCUGAACAACCAAUGAAUAUCCAGAAAGUAAUUAAUCAUGGUGCAGGAAUCAGUUUGAACUACAACUAUCUGACAAAGGAGUCCUUCAUAGAAGGAAUUAAAACAGUAUUAGAAAAUUCCAGUUUUAGAGACAACAUGAGAGUCCUUUCACAAGUAUUCAAAGAUGACCCGCAGACACCUCUUGAAAGAGCUGUGUUCUGGACUGAAUACGUACUACGACAUAAGGGAGCUCUGCAUUUGCAAUCUGCUGCCAAAGAUCUUAACAUAUUUCAGUACUUUCUUCUCGAUAUCAUUUCCUUCCUUGUAGCUGUACCUUUAAUAUUAUUUGUUGUGAUAUACUGUGUUUGCUGCAGAAGACAGUCAAAAGAAAGGAAAGAUAAACAACAUUAACUUUGUUUCAAAAGAAUACAGAGAUUAGAAUAGAAAAUAAAAUUCUUCUCCAAAUGAAUACUCUAGUCUUAGCUGUCUAGAAAGAUACAUCAGAUGUAUUUUUAAAAAAAAGUCUAAUCUAUUACAAAUCCUUAUUCAAUUUGCUUUUGUUAUUUCAAGUAUUCAAUGAUAAGAGGAGUCAAUCCCCCUGAUUGAAAUAAAAGUUAUGCAAAUUAAUUUUUUUCAAUAUAAGACAUGCCCUAAAAUGAAAGGUUUAAUAGAGAAAGAGAAAAAAAAUCUUGGGCUUUCCAUGAAAUUGAAGAUGUAGGAUAUUAUGCAUGUUAUGAGCAGAUCACAAAAAUAUUUAAGAGUACUAUAUCAAAGCUUUUCUGCAUUUGCAUACACUGAAACUCUUGAUAAUAAAAUCAAAAUUAACUUUCUCUGCAUAAUUUUAUUGAAUAAAACUUUACCAGAUUUUACAAAAUCCACAAGGAUUGCAAUUUUGUUUUGUUUUUUACAUGAUUUUUAUUAUUUAAAAAUUAUCAUUUUAUUUUGUGAAAAUAUUUUUGUUCUUUUUAUAACUCACACAAUAAAUCUUAUAUUUUAGGAAGUCAAAAUACAUAUUCAUUAUUUAUUGUUGGACCUAUUUGGUGAGUCAACACUUCGUACAGACCUAAAUAGUCCAUUGCACUGCUGUGAAAAAGUCUGUAUGUAUAAUUAUAAAAAAAACACAACAUUUAACAUGAAAAUGAUAAAAAAACUUGUGAAAAUUAUGAUGAAAACUACAAUGUAAAUUGUAAGGUAUUUGUAUUUGUAAGGUAAUGUUUAUAAUAAAAUACACACUUUUAACCAUAAACAUAAAUAAAUAAAUAUUUGCAUGAAAAAAUGUCCAAUUUUGCUUGUAGCAAUAUAUUAGUGAUUAUCUCCCACACACACAUUACGACAAAACUGGAAAAUGUUCUUAUAACCACUGAACUAAUGCUGUAACUUCUGAAAAAUUAUGAGAAAAGCCUGAUCCAUGGACAAAUUAAAAUGUACAAAAAUUGACAGAGGAACCAAAUUCUUCAAACUUCAAUCUUGCCAUUUGGGGAUAUUUGAGAUUUCUGGAAGUUCUUUUGGGCCCUCUUUUGUGAAAUGAUAGAUGUCUUCAGCAAAAUGCUUUAUUCGUUGAAUGCUACUAUUGUUUAAAAAUGAAAAGUUUGAAAAUUUUGAAGUAUUUGAAAACAGCCAAAUGAUAAUAGCAUUUGCAAUACCGCUAUAAUGUUUUUAGAAAACAUCAGAAAGCUAUUUUAUGAGAAGUAGUGUACAGAAACUUCAAAGGAGCUUCUUUAAAUUGCAUCUUCAAAAUAAUAAAAUGUAACUUCUAUUUAAUUAAUUAGCCAUGUGAUUCUAUUUUGUAAAUAAAAUCUAUGUUGUUCUUUCCACUUGUUGUUAAAAAAAGAUGUAUCCUCUUUCAAUAUAUUCAAUUCUUUAUCAGCUCUCUAAUUAGCUAAACACUAGAGCUAAUUGUUUCAGUUCACUUCAUUUAUUUUUACCGUAUCUAUCAAAUUAUACAACUGAUCUUUCAACAAUAUUAUGAGUAUACUUUUAAGAAAACAAUCUGCCAGAAAGCUAUUAAAGCGUCUUUUUGAUUAUCCAAUAAGACAGUGAAAACUUAAUCUUAAUAAGCACAAUAGACCUUCGUUUUGCAAUUUGGUCAUUUUCUCUGUAUUAAUGUGCAGUUUUUAAGGAAAUAUGAUAAUUAUUUAGGAAAUUUUCAUAUUUAAAUGUUAAUGUAAAUUAUAUACC